GCAACUUUCCUGAUCGAUUGUCCCCUGCAUCCUUUGAAUGGUAUGGUCCGUUGCCUAGGUGCUAGUAGAAGCCAAUUCACUCCGCCACGCCUGUCCUCAGGUAUUGGCUUUCUUGUCGUCUUUACCCUUUGAAAGGGGAACUCAAGGACAAGAGACGUUGUCAUGGAUGAAUUGCAACAACAUUGGGAGUGAUGAAGUUUGAGGAUCUGCUGUUUUUUGCCACAUCGCUGCAAAUUGAGUUGUCUUCUAUAGGAUACCAUGUAGGCUAAAUUGUAGUUUGGGAUCGGUACUUUCACCAUUGAGGAAAAGGUUAAUCAUUCACAGAUGCUGCUUCAUCAAACUUAAUAUAUGACCAUGGCUCAUGAAGAGGUGCGGACAGACCUGGACCAGAUUUCUAUGCGGCUUCAGGAGGAUGGCUUGCCUCCGGGGGCCAGUGUUGAGGUGCGGCAGCACCACCUGUGGCAGCAGCUGCUCGACAGUGAGGCAAAGCUUCAGUCAGCCAACCAGGAGCUGCGGACCUUACGUACCCAGCAGGCCAAUGAGAUGAAGGAGGUGGAGAGCUAUGUUGCACAUAUUCGUGGGCUGCUGGAAGAUCGUGAGUGUCUGACUGCAGACUAUGAGAGAGACAAUGAACACUUGCGACAAGAGCUUCACCAGAUUAGACAACAACAAGAGAGUCAGAGCAAGGAGCUGGCGGAGAUGCUGGCUCAGGAGGACCUUGGGGAGAUGGGCUUGAGCAGCCCCAGUGAACAGGUGGCUUACUUGCUGGUGGAGAGGGCCACACUACUGGAAAGGUUGGAGGCUGCUGAGAGGAGAGUGGAAAGUCAGAGCCUCACUGGCAACUUGAGGGAAGUCCACCACCAGGAGCAUAGUUGCCACACAAUGGAGGAGGAGCUGAGGCAGCAGAGGGAGGAUAUGCAGAAAACCAUAGAUAACUUGACAAAGCAGUGUUCAUCCCAGAGUCCAUGGAAGAAACUGUUUGGGCUGCGCAGGUCUGGUCAGAGCAAACACAAUAUUACCCCUGCUCACAGUGAGGAGAUUUCCCAGGAGCAAAAUGAGCGCCAGCGGCUGGAGCGGGACCUGGAGGAGGCGUCUAGGAGGCUGGCAAUGGCUCACCAGGAUAUCCGAAGACUCACCAAUGAGCUGGAUGCUGCCAAAAACAACAAUGCAGACCGAAGUGGAUCUGAGCUACAGGGAAUGGUCCAAGAUGUAGAGAACCUGAGGAAGGAAGUGGACAAACUGAAACACUGUGAUAUGAUGAAGCUGCAGCGAGCUAAAGAGCAAAAUGACAGACUAGAUGCUGAGAACAGAGCUCUUAGGGAGAGAGUCCGCACUUUAGAGUCUGAGAAGAAAAAUCUCCUGGACCGGUUGGCAAUAAAUGAUGCAGACCAAGAUGUUGAAGCCAAAGAAGAUCGAAAGGACAAGAGCAUUAGCAGUGAACCACAAAACAAUCUGUCAGCUGACUUGUCAGCCCAAGAAAAGGAUUACAUUCACAAACGGUGUCGUGAGGCGAUGGAAGACGGGCUGGUACAGGUGAGGGAGCUGCAACGGCAACUCCAGAGGCUACGCAAAGAACAUGAAGAGCUUGAGGAGAGGAACGAGGAGCUGGAGGCACUGCUGGGGGAGGCCCAGAAUGCCAGCAAGGAGGAGAGGCAUCGCCAUGAAGGAGAACUGGAGGGACUCCACAGGAGGAUCAAAGGCCUGGAGGCAGAGCUGAAGAAGCAGGAUGCCCAAGAAAAAAUGUUGAAGAAUGGAGAAGAGGUCAAAGCCACUGAGUCCUACUUACAGUUGCACCUAAGGGACAGCAGCCAGGAGAGACUGGCUCUGCUAGAGGCUCGUCUGACUGAGGAGAAGGACUGGAGGAAACAGCUGGAGGUUGACCUCAGUGCUGCCCAGGCCGCCCUCAAAAAAGACAAGGAGGCUUUGCAGAUAGGUGAGCGAGAGCUGAAGAAGCUGAGACUUGAGGUCAACAGCCUUCAGACAGAAUGCCAACAAGGGAAAACGCUCAUCAAGAGCCUCACACAAGUCAAGGGGGAAAAAGCAGUUCUGGAGGAAAAGGUGGCACAGAUGGAGCGUGCCCACAGCCGGCUCCAGAGCGAUCUGGAACACUACAAGGACAAUAACCAAACCCAGGAGGACCUGAGGGAAAACAGGAUUCAGGUCAAACAGAUGCAGGAGCACACUGAACGGCUAACUACUGAACUCAGCAGCCUCCAGACAGCACACAACGCCUUGAGGGAUGAGAUGGUUUCUGAGCGGCUGCAGACUGCCGGGCUCCAAGCCAAGCUGAGCUCCAGUGUCCAGGAGAAGCUGACAGCUGAGGGGGAAAGAGAGAGACUGGAGCUCGAGAUACAGCGCCUCAAAGCGCAGCUCAAGUGGCAUCAAGAGCAGCUCUCCUCUACAAAGGAAGCACUUAUUAGUAGCCAGAAGCCUGAACUGCACACCGCUCAUAUAGAAUUUAGGCUUAGUCCAGUGGAGGGGACCAAGAAUGAGUCCUUGGAUCAGCUUUCAUGUCUGAAGCAGGAGCUGAAUCAUCUGCAGACCAAGCUGGGGGAGGAGCAGCAGCUGGCUUCUCAGCAUCAACUGGCCCUGCAGGCUCAGGUCAAUGAAGCCCAGGCACGAAUCAAGUCGCAGGACUUAGUGCUGAGCCAGAAGGCAGAGGAGGCUAAACAAAUGAAGCAGGGCCUGCAAAGGACACAGAGCCUGUUCACCUCAGCAGAGAGAGAGCUGCGUUAUGAGAAGGAGAAGAACAUGGACCUGAAGAGACACAACACCCUGCUGGACCAGGAAAAACUCAAGCUAUGUGCAGAGCUGAAGCAGGUCCAGACCAAGCUGGUCCAGGUGGAGCAGAGCGUCCACACUCAGGCGGCCGAGUGUGAACGUCAGCAGCAGAAAAUCAGGGAACUGGAGCUGGAACUGGCACGCAACUCCACAAACCGCAGCACCACCACCAGUCUGCAGGAGGACCUGCAGGCCGAGAGGGCGCGGCUCAUUGCUGCUGACAAGAAGGUGUUGGAGCUGCAGCAGCAGCUAAAGAGUGCACAGCACCAGCUGCGCGUUGAGGAAGCCCGGGCCGGCGAGAGCAGCCGCAUGGAGAGGGACAGCAGAGAUCUGUCUGACACCUUGUCAGCCCUGAGAGCCAAGCAGCAGGAGGAGCACAUCACCAGGAAGCUGUUAGAGCAGCGUGAGGAGGAACUGCAGCAGCAGGUGCGCUGCCUGAGGCUGAAGGAGGCCUCCAUGACCAGAACAAAUGCAGAGCUCAGCCACCGUGCCCAACAGCUGGACACCCGUCUGGCCAUCCUGGAGGCUGAGCUUAGCAAGGCCAGAGAGGAAGCAAGAGACAGCCAGAAGUUAAGCCACAGACUGCAGGAGGACUUGGUGGCCAGUCAGCAGGAAUGUGACAGAGUGCAUGGGGAGCUGCAGCAAGUUCUCCUUCAACUGGACACACACGUCAGGAAGUACAACGAAAAGCAGAGUCAGCACAAGAUCAAGCUGCGUCAGGCUAAGCAGGUCUUUCUCAAGGCGACUGCACAGAGGGACCGCAUUAUCCAGAAACUGGAGAACGACCUGGGGCUGGCCUCCAGCCUCUCACACAAGGAGAAGGAGAGGAUCCAUACAGUGAUGGAGGAAAAUGAGAAACUUUUGGAGGAGAAGAGGGAACUGUUGAGGAAGAUAAGCGAGGCAGAGGAAAUGGGCAGCAAAGGCCUGAGGACCGCCUCCACUGUCCAACACAGGGUCAAUGUCUUAGAAGUGGAAAACAGACAACUUCAGGAUCGAACCCUGAAGCUCUCCAAUCAAGUCAGUUCCUUAGAGCGUGCCCUGAGGAACAUCCAGUCAUUCUACAGUCUGGAGAAUGCCAAGAAAGUGCUCCCCUCUGAAAGUCUCUGUGAUGGCAUCCUGCAUACAUCUACACUAAGUCUGACGUCAGGUCCGUGUGACCCACUGGACAUCCUGGACGCAAUCUGCCGUGCGAAGGUGGGCGAGCGUGUGGUGGUGGAUGGCACUCGAGCGUCUGUGUCCACACACCAACCGUCAGAGCAGGGCUACCUGAAUCUCACCUCCCCAUUGGUUCCUCCAGCAACCAAAGGCACAGAGGAGAGCUCUAAUAACAGUGACCAGGUAUGAGAGGUGGUAGAUUUUGGCGGGGUUGUUGCCUGUGUUUGCAAAACCGAGCUAUCAGCGAGGAUGAGGGCUAUAAGUCAUCGUAUUGGGUGGUACUCCAACAUCCGCCACUUCCACUGGAGACAAAAAUCUGAAUAAAGGAGUGAAAAAAUAUGUAGAAUGCAAAUAAUACUUGUUAAAAGGCAGUAAUAAUGAAAGGGAGCUUCCACUGCAGUUCUGCUCAGGGUGAUAUCUCUUUUGUAUAGCAAAGCAGUUUCUUGUUUGGCUUGCGAGUACUGUUGUUUUUUUGGUAUUUUUUUUUACGAGGUUCAGACUGAGAGUGCAAAUUUAGGGGUUCUGUAGAAAAACUGGGCCGGAUUCGAACUGGGCCGCUGCGGUAAGGACUCAGCCUUAAUAAUGGUACAUGCUCUACCAGGUGAGCUACCGGAGCGCCCUCGAUCAAAUAUUUUUUAAGAGGAAAUAGGAUUUAAUGGGACAUUUGAUUUGGAAGCUAAACACGUGGCACUGUCUUGUCACAAACGUGUGCAUAUGCCUGUAAAUUUGGUCAGUUGUUUGCGUCAGCACACCAAAGCAAAUCAGAAUGCUUGAAAGCCUGGUGUUGGCUUAUAGGGAAUAUUAUAAUUUGUUUUUUAUGUAAUGGUACAAGACAAUGUACUUCACACUAACACAUUGAAUGUGAAAAAGACAUUUCAUGGGGGAGAUUUGAAUGAGACUAGUUUAAACUGAGCACUUUACGAAGUAAAAGAAGUUUUACUUGUGUUUACAUUUUGGGAAAAUGUAGCAGUGGAAUAUAACAGUUGAUAUAACGGUAUAUCAAUGGUAUGUAUUUUUUCCCCAGUUAAAUUCAAUCUUGGCAGUGUUUUCAAUGAAAAAACGCCUAUGGUGUUGUAUGUUUAUCGUUUUACUGUGUCAAAAAAAUCUAAGAACACAACAGCAUUUUUACAAGUUUACAAAAUCAUACUUAUCAUAUAUAACAUUGAUAAUAUUGUGGACCCACUUUAUGUCUAAUAAGAGACUGUGUGGGAGUCUAAAUAUUGGGGUCCAUUCCGAGAUCUAUCAUUCCUAUUGCUUGUCAGCUGUAGCCACUCCAGUAUUUACAAUGUGCAGCUUUGCUUGUAGUUAAAAAAAAAAAACCCAUAACAGCCAAAAUGUCAGGAAAAGCCACAGAAUUUCAGAAGCUUUUUUGUCCAUUUCAAGCAUCACAAGCUGUUUUUUUUUUUUUUUCUUUUUUUUCCCCAUUGGUCAACCUCAAUGGUUUCCUCCAGGGACGCUCAAUCAGAAAGUACUUGUACUCUUGUUACAUGUGAAUAAAAUACACAUUAAGUAUUUAAUACCACUAUUAUUAUUUUGUGUCAAUAAUAGAGUUGUACACUAUGGAAACCAUUGUCUAUUUUGUCUUCAAUGUGCCUGAAAUGAUGAAGUGUUUAACUUUAUCUUGCUGCUGCGUGAAUACGUCGAAUAACAAAAGCCUAUUUGCGACAGACAUGUAAACUGAGAUCUAAUGGACAAGAAACUUUGACUUUUGUUGUAUCUGUGUAAAUACGUUUUAAACAUAAAAUAUUUUCAUAAAUAAAAGUGAAUAAAUAACAAA